AAACAUACUGGAAUCCGAUUAUCAGCUAACACAAACUUUCCAAUCACUGUCGGCAGAGUAGACGGCUUCCAAAAUUCUGUAUUCAGAUUAUCUAAUGACAAAUAAUGACAAAUAAGAUGUUCCCAACAAUUAGAAUUUUAUUUGGUGCCGUUUUCACCAUACGUUUUGUAGCCGUUUUCGCCAAGUCGAGGUUCCGUUAUAUCCAAAUGGUGCCGUUUUCGCCUGGUGCCGUUUUGCUGUGGUUCCGUUUUAGCCUGCACCCUAAUUGUAAGUAUCAUUUUCCAGUAUGAAAUGUUGGGCGGUUUUGGAACAGGGUCGUUUUAGACAGGCGCAGCUUAUACCUCAAGGGAUAUGUUCUUCUCAAACAAUGAAUGGUUUUCAGUAAGCUGAAUAAAAGUCACGGUAGUGAAUUUCUAAAUGUAAAACUGCAGUAACGUCCUACGUGCUGUGUAUAAGUCAAGAGCGCUUUGUAUAAAACACUGGAUUGUCUGUAGCGAAAGAAAAGCCAAUGUUUUGUUUGACCAUUUGUGACUUGUGACUGUGCAUGUGCCAAAACGAAGAAAAUGUCAAACACGACAGUUUGUAAUGACACUUCGGAGGCAGUGGAACUUCAUGAACCGAUGAAGCUUUAUCUCAAGCCUAUAGCUAAACUUAAUGUCUGUGUCCAACUUCCACAGUUAAAGACACCUGGGAAGAGUAUAUCUAACUGGGAGGUUAUGGAAAAGGUAAAACAUAUGAUCAGACCAGAAAUAUUUAACAUUAAAAUUGUGAAAAGUUCUUUGGAGUUCAUUCGGUUAGAGGGUGAAAUCGAAAACAAAGGGAAAAUAAAAUUGUUGAUCGCAAAACUUGAUGGGAAAGCGAUCAAGCUAAGUGGAUUUCCUGAUAGCUUAAAAGUAAGAGCUGCAGAAGCAAAGAUAAGUUUUCCUCUAAGACAUGAUUGGGAUUCAUAUUUCCGUGGCAAAAAUAUGAAUGAGAUGAAAAGUGGGGAAAGACCGGAUACCAUUCACUUCAAAGAAUUGCCAACAAGAUGGUUUGCUUCAAGAAAGGAUUCAAAGAAGGACAAGCCAAGUGAGCAGGUGCUUAGGAGGGUGUUUGAAGUGUUUGGAGAGGUUCGAUGUGUGGAUAUUCCCAUGUUAGACCCAUACAGGAAGGAAAUUAUUGCUGCCACAAAACCAGGGUCUAUACAGACAUUUUGUUAUGGUCAAGAUCUCACGUUUGAUGCUUAUGUUCAAUUCAAGGAGUACAUUAGUUUUGUCAAGGCUAUGGAUGCAUUGCGAGGUAUGAAGCUUAUGAACAAAGAUGAAGAAGGCAAGGCACUCACUGCAAACAUCAAAUGCCUAAGUGAGGUGGAGGUCCCGUACUCCUUCGGGUCGUCCCUGAGGCAGGUCCAUGAGAAAAUAGCGGAAAUGUUGCCUCAGGUAGCUGUCCCUGUGCAGGAGCCUGAUCUUGUGGAAUUUCGGCUCCUGGGGGGAGGCUUUUGCGCCCAGCCGGGUUACUGA